GAAGAGAUUAGCUAUCUCCGGAAGCUGCGCCACCCCCGGCUGGUGUCUUUCCUCGGCUUUGCGAAAGAUGCUGGCCAGGUCAUCAUCGUCAUGGAGUUCAUGUCCGGGGGAUCUCUGUCCCAUAUCCUCUUCACCAAGAAGAUGACCCUGUCGUUCGAUCGGAAGUGCGUCAUGGCCCACCAGAUGGCAGAGGGACUUGCCUUCCUCCACGACUUGAGCGUGGUGCACCGAGAUCUGAAAACUGCGAAUGUGAUCCUCGAUGAUGACUUGAACUGCAAGAUUUGCGAUUUCGGCUUGACGAUCACCUUGGACCGGACUCACAUGACGGUCUGGGGUCUUCAGGGGUCGCCACGCUACAUGGCUCCCGAGCAGCUCGAUGCCAGUGAUCACAAGCCGACCAGAAUCACAGAGAAAGUGGACAUCUGGCAGAUGGGAUGCGUUCUCAUGGAAUUGUACUGUCACACUCUGCCCUUUGCCAACCUCAGCAGUGUGGCGUCAAUCAUCACAGAGCUUGUCGUCAAGCGGCGUGGCCCUGCAAUUCCAGAGAAGACAGAUCCCCGGGCACGAGUCCUCAUCG